GCGUGCGUGUGGUGUACGCCUCUCUCUCUUUCUCUCUAGCGUGCGCGCGUUAUAUACUUUUGCAUGUACAUUGGUAUGCGUAUGUGUGUGUGUAUGUGGUGUGCGCUCUCUUUCUCUUUCUCUCUCUAGUGUGCGCGCAUUAUAUAUUGGGUGAUUGCAUAAGUUUGUGCCCGUUUUCAAUAGAGGGAGUUGUAAGCGUAGUACAGUGUUGCCAUUAAUACUUUCAUAUACGUAUUAUUUAUCGUUGGAAAGGUGACGUUUUCAGCUGUCAUUUAAAAGAGAAAUCAUUUGCUUACAUUAAAGCUGUUUCGAGGAAUAUCGCUUUAAAAAUGAGUAUCGAUAAGGUACAUUUACGGCAUGUUAUGCUUUACGAGUUUCGGAAGGGAAUGAAAGUUGGCGCUGCCUUCAAAAACAUUCAAGACGUUUAUCAGGAUCACGCCCCAGCUAUCCGCACUGUGAAAAAGUGGUUUGGUAAAUUUCGGCGCGUAGAUUUUAAUCUCGAAGACGAGCCACGCUCCGGUCGACCCUCAGACGUUGAUGACGAUGUUCUGCGUACAUUAGUGGACAUUAAUCCGCGGAUUUCAACAGAAGAGGUUGGGAGGGCACUUAACAUUGACAAAACAACCGCUUUUCGGCGUUUAAAACAAAUGGGAUUCAAAUUGAAGCUCGAUAUAUGGGUGCCUCAUUUGUUGACCGAGAAGAACAAAAUCAAGCGAAUUUCUGCAGCCGUUUCUUUGCUUGGGCGUCUGAAUAAUGACCCGUUUUUGGAUCGAUUGGUGACGGGUGAUGAAAAAUGAGUCCUCUACAACAAUGUCACACGCAAACGGACGUGGAAACAGGCAGGUGAGCAUGGCGAUGCCAUGGCGAAGGCCGGUUUGCACCCAAAGAAGGUAAUGCUCUCUGUAUGGUGGGAUUGCAAAGGCAUAAUCUAUUAUGAGCUGCUCCCCGCUGGUGAAACGAUUAAUGCGGAUAAGUAUUGUCGCCAACUAACAAAUUUGAACCGAGCAAUCAGAGAAAAACGUGCGAUUUUGGCAAAUCGCAAAGGAGUUGUCUUCCACCAUGACAACGCCAGGCCACACACUGCGAAAACAACGCUCCGCAAACUGAAUAAGCUCAAUUGGGAUGUCUUAUCGCAUCCGCCGUAUUCUCCUGACAUACAUGGUCCAUUAUAAAAGUAAUGCGCAUUUUCUGGGAAAAAUAGAUUUAUUGAUCCUAUCGGUACAAAUGAUUAAAAUUCUUCAAAAUACUCUCCCCCAGCAUCAAUACACUUGCGGAGACGUGUCUGCCAUGCCUGGAAGGCACCCUGAAAUUCCUCGACGGGAAUGGUGACCUUGAAAUGCAAUCGUCCUUGAAGGCCUCUUGAAGCAUCUGGAAUGUUUCGGUUGCAUUCUUUCCAAGCCGCACACAAAACUUGAUGGCGUAUCGCUGUUCAAGUGAACGCUCCAUUGCGCCGUGUUACAAAGUCGAAAAACACGCUUCACGCGAAGGCACGUUUUUCCACUCAGACUGCUCGGAGCAAACUGGCGACCGGCUGCAUUUGAAGGGCAGACCCCCCAUCACAUUUCCCGACCGGUUUUACCCCGUUGCGAUGGAUAGUCGCGUCACAAUAAAAUCAUGCGCAUUACUUUCAUAAUGGACCAUGUAGCUCCAUCCGACGAUCACUUGUUUCGGUCAUUGCAAAAUCAUUUAAAUGGUAAAAACUUCGACUCUUUGGAGGUUUUAAAAAACGAGGUCUCUUCGUUUUUUGAGUCUAAACCGGCCAGUUUUUAUGAUCGGGGCAUCCGUAUGCUGCCAGAACGUUGGAAAAAGAUCACAGAAAACGAUGGAGAAUAUAUCAUUGAUUAAAUAAAGAUUUUUGGGUAAUUAUU